CAGAUCAGAGAGAGUCAGACUCAAUCCUCUCAGCUCAGCUGCUCUCGUCUCAUCAUCUCAUCUCGUCUUGUCCCGUCUUGUCUCAUUGUCUCGUCUCAUCGUGUCUCGUCUCAUCGUCUUGUGUCAUCCUGUCUUGUCUCUCAUAUGCGUAUGAUCUUGUAUCCCAUAAUUUAGUCUUAUAUCCAGUGUGGAGGUCCAGACUGUCUCACAUCGUGCUGCAGAGCCUCUGGUCCCCUGGUGUCUUGUCUCAUUCACAUUAUCAAUCAUAAUCACAUUAUUAAUCCUGCUCUUCGGUUGCCAUAGUAACAGACUCUGGACCCGAGUGUGUCUGUUGAAGCCCAGCUGGUCUCUGCAGACCCGGUCAGACCAGCUGCAGGUCUGGUUCCUUAACCACGUACCUGCUAACCUCGGUCUGGCCCAGACUGGACCCUCCUGCGGUCUCUCUUUCUUCUCUUAAUCCUCUUAGAAAGACCCCAGAGUGUCUGUUUCACAGCCAGGGGGUCCUGAAGGUGGAUCAGGAUAGAGGUCUGACCCCCCCACCCUUUGGAGCCGUAGGACAGAGUCUGUGGAGAAAAAACUGAUCCAUGUCUCUGGACUCGUGGGGCUCGUUUAGAAAAACACAGAGUGGACCUUUACUUGGAUCCUCUGAGGAGGGUCAGAUGAAGAUGCGUAGACCUGGACCUCUUUGUUCUGGCCCAUGAGGAUCCUCCUGCAGUUCAGACCUGCAGCUAUGAGGAUCCAUAAGUCCUCCUCCUGAGAUCCCUGAAGGUGGACUGAUAGACUCCUGUUUACAGCUGGGUCCUGGACUGAUCUGGUCCUGGUUCAGAGACUCUGAGGUUUCUCAUUUCUUCAUCAUUUUACAGACGCUGUAGUUCUUCUGUCUCAGCGUCUCGGUCUGAUUGUAUUUCCAUGAAGAAAUGAUCAUAAAUGUUCUUCCUUGAGCUGCGGCACCCCGCUGUAGUCUGUGAGGGAUGAACCAUAGAAGGAGAGGCGGAGCAGAGAGGUGGAGCAGAGAGGCGGAGCAGAGCGGCCUCACCUGUGCAGGUGUGAACAGUCAGCUGACAGCAGACAUGUUUCACAGGGAGGGCUCUGAUUGGUCAGUGUCAGGAUGGUUAAUAUGGCAACAAUUAUGGGCUGGCAGCCAUGGUCGCCACGGCAGCAGAGAGAACUCAGACAGGAAGCAGCAUUGUCCAAUCAGGCGUCAGGAUGAGACAGAGUCUGAGAGGAAAACAGGAGGAGGUCUGCAGCUUCACACCCAGGUGAUUAUCUGUGAGGACUGACACACACACACACACACACACACACAUACACACACACACACACACACACACACACACACACACACACACACACACACUCCUCCCUGACACCUCUGAGAGGUCGGCCUCUAACAGCAGCUGCUGCCCUGAACUCAGUUUGUAUUCAUACACAGCCAAACCAGCCAAUUAGAGUCCUCACACUGUGGAGCUGUGUGUGUGUGUUUGUGUGUGUGUGUGCGUGUGUGUGAAGGUGCAGUGGCGUUGAGUCUCAGGAGGUCGCGCCGCCCCCUGCAGGGCGCCGUCUCUCCUCAGAGUGUGAGUGACAGGCGGCUCAGAGGGAGCUCUUUGUGUCCGCCGAGGUUCACCGCUCCACAAAGAUGUUUACACUGAGGAGGAGAGGAAACCAGCACAGUGUGUGAGUGUGUGUGUGUGUGUGUGUGUGUGUGUGUGUGUGUGUGUGUGUGUGUGUUUUGAAUAAUUAGAGGUCAGAUUCAAGUUGAAUAGCUGGUUGAAGGUCAUGUGACUUCUCUCUCAAACUUGUUCAGUUUCGUGAAUUUUCAGACGGUCAGGAAAAGUGAGUCCUGAGAGUCUUUGAGAGUCCUGAGAGUCUGGACUCUUAAAAUCCUGUCUGUGGUCCUCGGUCUGGUCCUGACGUUGGGACAUGGUCUCUGGACUCCAGCUGCUCCAUCCUUGGAGGAGAAAUCCUCUCUCUUCUUCCUCCUCCGUCUCCUCCGUCAGGUUCCUGGAAACUCAGACUAAAGUAUUUUUGGAACCAUCAGUGAUUUUCCAUGAAAGAGUGAGAGGGUUCGUGUCCCGGUUCAGCUCAGAGACGGAGGUCUGUCUUUGGUUUGGGUCAGACUGCAGCUCCUCUCAGUCUGUGGGGGACAGAGUCUUCUUCUUCUUCUUCUUCUGUGUUGGAGUUCUUGAAGUCUCUGGAUCCAGUGAAGGUCCAUAAAGGGCAGGAAUCCCCCUGGAUCAGGAUCAGAGGAUUCACAGAGAAACAGCUGUUUGUUGACCGUUUACAGGCUGAUUACACUGAGGGAAAACAGUCCAAUACUGCUGUGGUUCAGCUGGUUCUGUAUCCUAAAAUAUUAGAAUUUUUCUUCUUUAUUAAUCAAUUAUUAAUAAUAAUGAUAAUAAAAUAAUAAUUCAUGAUAAUAAUAAUAAUAAUUAUUAUAAUAAUAAUAACGAUAAUAAUGAUGAUAAUAACAAUAAUAAUUAUAAUAACAAUGACAAUAAUA